AUGGGGCUUCAGGAUCUCGAUGAAAACACUGAGAGAGACUCGGAUGAGGAGGAGGUCUAUCAGGAAACUGAUUGGCUUGAUGUCACAGACGGAUACAAUCUUAAACGACAGAAAAAGUGGCCUUAUCGAUCUCAAACUAUGUGCUGUAGCGUAUGCAAGUACUCGUCACGAAACCUCUACAACUUCAGGAGCCACAUCAGUCGCUGCCAUGUAUAUCUGCAGUCCUUUUGCACGCUGGCACCUUGUUCCAAGUGCAUCUUCAUCGCACACCCCCAGGUAGUCAUGAGACACAUGCAGUACUUCCAUUCCAGCUGUAUAAAAGCGCUGAAGGAGGCCCCUCCUGCUGCCAAACAUGGAAAUGAGCGCUAUUAUUGUCGCAGAUGUGGAUGGCCAGGCUCCUCCAUAUUUACGAUGAAGAAGCACGUCAUUCUCAAGCACCUGGACAAAUUGUCCGAACAGUAUAUCGGUUACAGAUUACACCCUAAUGGGGCUAGUCAUAUAAAGGUCUACUGCUGCAAGGUGUGCAAAGUGAAUACUGGAAACCUUGACCAAAUGUUGCAUCACAUGCUGGUCGAGCCAGCGCACCAUUCAGUCAGCACACAGGUGCAGGCUCUGAUUCAUGAGAACAAGACGGUCAGCAGCACCAAAGCAACGCCUAACGGGAAUGGCAUGUUUGUGACAUUCCCAAACAUUGCUCCUAAACCACAGCAGCCACCUCAAAUGUUCAAAAAUAAUUUGAUUAUCCCAAGUAACGGCCAACCUGGCAGGACGGUGAUGACAUUACAGCAGUUACAAGCAGCUGCAAACAACGGCACUCUGAUCUGCGCCCCUGGAACAAACCAAGCUUUUCUUCCCCCUCAAGCAUCGGCUCUAGUGCAGCUAGCUAGCGCUGAAGCUAAAGGGUUGCUCCAGCCUGGUGCCACGAUAUCCCUCCGAAGUGCUUUGCCCCAAGGAUCCAAUAUGGUCAAUCUUCCAGCAAUGUCUAACAUGGCUAUAGCUCCUGCUCCACUGAAACAGAACGCACAAACGCAGCAAAUCUUUAUCCAGUCCGGACCGCAGUCCAACGUGGCAGCUCAGACUGGAACUCAGCCUGCUCUGGUGACACAAAACACACCCACAAACCAAGUGACCCUGCAAGGCACCAUGCUGACGUCAGAGUCCCUGCUGAGUCACCUUAUCCCGACUGGCAACAAAAUGAACGGCAUGCCCACGUAUACUUUUGCUCCCAUGCAGGUAGCAAAGCCUGCCUCUCAGAGCACAAGCACCCCCGCCAAGGCUGUUGAGCAAGCGAAAAACUCCAUACCACAAACCAAGAAAUGGAUCACCUGUCCACUCUGCAACGAACUCUUCCCCUCCAACGUCUUUGAUAUGCAUACAGAGGUCGCCCACACGACUAAAUCCGCCCCAGCCAUCAAGUCAGAAAGUGUGGCGGCACGUGCAGCGUUCUUGAAGAAAAUGCCUGACAAAACUGUCAAAUGUCUAACGUGCAAAAUUCUGCUAUCAGAAAAAAGCGUCUUCCAACACCUGCUGCAUGGACUGAACUGUUUGUACUGCUCCGCUUUGUUCUUUUCAAUCAAACAGCUCACUGAGCAUGUGAAGCAGCACAAUCCCACCGGCAAGGCAUACUGUGAUUUCCUGAGGCAGAAGUACAGAGUCUACUCUAAAGGUGUUGGAGGAAUCCUGUUCCCCUACUUUGAUGUCAACACCACAGCGCCUAGAGAGGUGCUAGGAGACACCGAGGUGAAUCUAGCCCUCGUCACAAGUUCCCUCGACCUUAUCUUCUUCAAGUUGCAGCCGAGCAGCCAGCCGGAAAUCUGCUCGGCACCUGCGAAAAUCAACAGCUCGUAUUGUCCCUUCUGCGACGAAAAGUUUCAGAAUGAAUCCGAUCACCUUCAGCACCUAAAGCAAAAACACUUGGUAGCCCCAACCAUUCAUGCCAUCCUAAAGACGGAGGCUUUCAAAUGCAUAUACUGCAACGGUGUGUAUACGGGGAAGGUGACCCAGCAGGCGGUGAUGCUUCACAUUCAGCGGUGCCGUUGUUCACCAAAACAACCGCAGCCACCUAAACCCGCAGCAGCUCCAUCGCAGCCGCCCAAACAAGUCCAGCAGCUCAGUCAUCCGGUUUACUUUCUGCAAAUGCCACAAGGGAUGACUAUGACGAAGAGUAUAGCUCCAGCCCGUGUGAUUCAGGCUGUCCGCCCUGCCCCCGCUGCCCCUGCUGCCCCCGCUGCCCCGGAGCACCCAGAGACGGAGGCAGAGCUGCAGUCUAAGAAGAGGCUGGAGACGGCAUGGAGGGAGGUCAUGGAGACCAACAAACGAGAGCGGGAACAAAGGGCAGCCAUGCGAAGGAAACAAGAGCAGGACAGGUUGCUGCCCCCGCCUGAGCCUGUGAUUAAGAUUGACCCCACAGUGAAGCUGGUGUUGGAGCCCACCGCCACCGACCGCCGUGACAGUGAGGAGCGCAAAGACUUCAUUGGGAAGUACUUCAACGUGAACCCCUACGCGUCCAAAACGGAGAGCGAAGAGCUGUGCAAGAGGCUGUCCAUCAGCAAGCCAGAGCUGGCGGCCUGCUUCAGCAAGAGGCGCAGCAAGUGCAUGAAGAACCUCAAGAAGAACACGGCGGCCAUUUUCCUCGGAUUCAACAUGACGGAGCUGAGAAAAACCAAGCACAAUCUCCUGAUCCCCAAACAGCAGCCGGCAGAGACCACAGAGCAACCACACGCCGAAACAGCAAAGCGGCCGCCCACUGAUUCAACAGAGCAGAUGGAAAACAGUGAAGAUGGACCGGAGGCGAUGGUUGAAAGUGGAAAGGAGAAAGCUACUGAUAUGUUACCGGAGGUGGAGCCAAUGGAAAUGUAAAACACAGCUAAUGCAGAUUUCCCUUAAUAAUAAAUUACAGAAUAAUUUAAAGAUGGCCUAUUGUGUUGACAGUCACUAGAGAAACUCAACAUACAGUGCACAUAAUGUAUUAUCUAACAAACACGUAACCUGUCAGUGAGGGCCGUCUCUUAAUGUAGCCCACAUUAGUAGAGCUUUGUUUGACUUCAGUAUGUCGUCAGUGGUCCAUAUCCCAAUUUCAUCAUAGAGGCAGAGAAUAUAACCAUACAGAUGAGUUGUCCGGGAUAAAAUGGUGUCAAACUGUUGUGCUGCAGCAGUAUUCAGCUGGUUACAAUCUGUUCAACAAUGGCUACUGACUUCAAGUUGAGCACUGAUUUUUUCCUGAUAGCUGCUUUUAUUGGCACCUUUUUAUUUAUGCCCAUUUGUAUAAAAUUGUGUUUCAAUUCCACCAUUGCUUGUCUGCUUAAAACAAGACUUAAGUGCAGACACUUUUAAGAGGACUUGGUUUAUACUUUAUACUAUACCCUUUUUCAAAAAACAUAUUUUGACCUAUUUGUGUUAUGUGCAUUUUGUUUUUUUCCCAUGUUCGUUCACUGCACAUCCCACUAUUGUUUCUUGCUCACCAACUCCUGCAGAUGGCAGUUUUGAAACCCAAUUCUCGAAAACGUUCUCAGUAAAACUCUUGGUUAUUAUACAACUCUGGACAUUUCACUUGCAUGGGCCUAUGUUUGAUUGUCAGAGGAAAUUAAGAUGUGUGCCAUUGUGUAUUCUACAUACUUGCAUAGACGUGUGGAAUAUUUACCUAGAAAUAUAAAACAAGCUAGUUGGUGUUCACCAUAUAUCUUCUGUUCUCCUGACAGUGUUUUUUUUUUGUACUACAUGUGUAUUUUCUAUAAUUCCUAGAGGCUCUAAAAUGUUGGGAGAGUUACAAAUUAUCAUUAUGUUCAAGAGUGACCACUGUGUUGUAACAAAUAAAGUGGAAUCAUUUUGCGUAAAUGAUUCAGAGAAUUGUUUUUUAUUUUUAUUUUAUAAUAAAACCUAUUUUGAAUUUAACAGUGUUUAAUUCAACAAGUUUGAACG